GCUUUGAGCACGGAAACCCCACUACAGCCCCAUUAACUAUACCCGAUAGAGAGAGAGAGAGAGAGAGACUCGGUAGAGAGAGAGGAGGCGAUGGCGAACGCGGAUGUGGAAGCGGUGGACUUCGAGCCCGAAGACGACGAUCUCAUGGACGAAGAUGGUGCCGUCGACGUAGAUGCGUCGCCCAAAGCGGCUCUUCCAAAGCUCAAAUCCGCCAUCACCGGAGCUCCAAAGAAAACCAAAGGCCGUGGCUUCAGAGAAGAGGCUGACACCGAGCGCAAUAACCGCAUGGCUGGUCGCUUCGACUCGCUUGACUCCGAUGGCGGCCCCGGUCCCGAACGAUCCAUUGAAGGAUGGAUUAUUCUGGUCACUGGAGUACAUGAAGAGGCGCAGGAGGAUGAUCUCUCAAAUAUAUUUGGUGAAUUUGGUGAUAUUAAGAAUUUGCAUUUGAAUCUUGAUCGGCGAACUGGAUUUGUCAAGGGGUAUGCACUCAUUGAAUAUGAGACCUUUGGAGUUGCGCAGAAAGCUAUAGAAGUUACUGAUGGAACUGAGCUACUCACUCAAACCAUCACUGUUGAUUGGGCAUUUAGUAAAGGUCCCUUCAGGAGGAGGAAUAUGAGAAGGAGAUCACCACGCGGCCAUCGUUCAAGAAGUCCGAGGAGGAGAUACUGAUGCAGUUCUUAUCUUACUUGAGGGUUUGUGGAUUUCCAUUGAGGGAUGAGGAAUUGAGAUGUUUCUAAAGAUGUUGGUUUGCCAUGGUCUUUGUGUAUGAUCAUUUACUCAGAUUGCUGAGGAUCCCUUAAUUUCUCUGUGAUGUCUUUGCUUUCUUGCUUUUCCUCCCCCCCUCUCAUGGAUGCUUUUUAGGCUUUCCCGACUUCUGAUCGUGUAUUAAACUGCAAUUAUUUAAUGUUGACUUUAUAUUAUUUUAGGACUA